CCAUUAAAACGGGGAAAUGAAUCAUGUUGCUUGACUGCCACCUGCUGUUUCAGAGAUGCAACUGAGGCAACAAGAGGCGUCUCCCCCAUCCACUAACUCAAACCCAAGGCAUCUCAAAGUCCUAAACUUGACCAACACGGCUGCUUAUCAGCGGCCGAGUACUAACAAACAUCAUUGUCUGGGCACAAGCCAAAGGACUAAACUUUGCGGCCCCGCAGGAGGAGGAGGGGGAGGUGGGAAGCACUUGUAUAAAGUCAAAGGGCUGCACAUGUGGGGCUACACUGACAGAGAGACUCCAGACGCCUCUGCGCUCCUACGUGAAUCUCUGAGGACGAUCACUGAAACACUUUGCGAAGGAGUGAGGGGCUACACUGGAUGAUACAUUUUUCACUUCUGGAGGAUUAUUAAUUUUCUUGAGCAACAUUUUGUUUAAAGGAGAACCUGGAAAAAUGGAUAUAUACAUUUUGAUUUCCGCGUUAUCAGUGAUGUACUCCUGGAUUUUGUGCACAGUCCUAUCAGCGCCUUCUGGAGAGACACCCACUGCCUCCACCGCCACCCAGGGGCGCCACGUGCGGACCAAACGCUGCUCCUGCGCCACUUUCCUGGACAAGGAGUGCGUCUACUUCUGCCACCUGGACAUCAUAUGGGUCAACACCCCUGAGCGCGUGGUCUCAUACGGACUGGGCAACGCUCCCAGGACGAGGCGCGCGGUCGCGGACUCCAUGGCAACCAGCAGCGGACCUCGCUGCCAGUGUCUCCGCGAGAACGACAACGCAUGCAAAAACUUCUGCCGGCUGGAAAAACACCUCAGGUAUGAAACAUCGCCAGACACGGUGAUCCGCCCUGCCGAGGGCGAUGGUUGCGUUGAGGCGCAGUGCAAACACAAGCUGGCAGCCAACACGGGCAGGAUUAAGAAGAUGGAGAACAGCAACAAGAAACGGGUGUCGCCUCUGGCAACCCGGGCUGCCUUGAAAACCCGCCUGCUGCUCGAGAAGUGGAGGGUGAGACAGCGCCACAGGGCGAGAGCAUGGGAUGGCGAGAGCACGGCCUCCUAAAGACGACAGAUAACCUCCUCACCUUGUCAUACAGAGGGGGAAUGGGUUUCAUACACAUGGGCCCUUCUCUGAAGUCAUCAGCCAGUGGGGAUCCAUGUGGAAGACAAUGGAGAGCCCAAAUAAGGCCCGGCAAACGUACUCCAUGUUGGCCUCAUGGCUGCGGUGUCGCGAGGUGUCUGCAGCAGAGCAGAGUGCAUUUACAGCCCGACUUGUUUGCUCUUCAUCAGCCAGAUGAACGAGGUCAAAGACAAGACAGGGAGUUCAGGUGAAAGGAGAUAUGGUGAACAGAGGACUUGGCCCCCCUGGUCUGCAAAAUCAAGGACAUUCAUUGAUCUUGUAGGUGGUCAGAGCAAGAAUGUUACUCCGUUGGACUCAAGAAAUAAUAAAACCCAAAAAAAAAAAUGCAUUUCAAACAUUACUGGAAGGAUUUAAUAUAAAUCCCUCUUGUUAUAGAAAAUAAAAAUCACUGUUGUAUAUGGAUGAAGGCUGUCCUACUUAUUAUAUUUCAAAAUGCCAUUAUUUUACUCACACACAGUUGCAAAAACAGACUGUCAUGUCUACGUAGAAGGGAUUUUGUGCCUUGUGUCGUUUUUCCACUGACUGAAACUAUUUACUGCAUUUUAUGUAACAGGUCGUCUCCUGUGUGCCAGGACGCAGGUCACUGUAGCUAUGCAGUACAGUAGCUGCUGGGAGUUUUCAUGUGGAUGUUAUCACAGAUUUCUUUACACUUAUAAUUUAAUAACUAUAAUAUGUUAUGUAUGUUGUUGCUACUAUGUGUUUUAUUUAUUUAUUCUUUGUAAACAUUGCAGUUUGUUCACCAUAUUGGUCCGUCACGUUUGGUUUGUCAUUUCUAUGAAAUGUUUUGUCACCAAGGUGCCACAUUUUGGCCUUACUUAAAUAAAUCUUUACACAAUUAUUUAAAAACAA